AAAAAAAGAUAGGACAACAAUUUUAUAUUAUUGAUCCUGGAACUACCAUAGAACUAUGUAAGGUAUUAUGUUCUUAUUUUUUUAUAAAAUGUUGUGUAAUAGAAAGAUUUGGCAUAAGGCCACAUAUCUGUUUUAGAGAACUUCUUUAAAUCUAAAUAUAGAACAUAGUCUGAAUUAACUGGAGAGUGGGGUUCUUCGUAUUCAUACAGGAAAUUUAAUACAUUUGUAUGUCUAUACGUUCAAUGUCCCGUGGGUGAAUGAAUGAAUUAUUCCUUAUUAAUAUAAGGUUUUUAUAUAUUUUUAUUUUAAAAUGAGUGAAGAAGUAUUGGAAUCUGUGAAAAAAUGUGUUGGUGUCAUUAAAGGUGCUAAAAAUGAUACUGAAAAAUUUGCUGCACUGUUUUUAGUCACAAAAACUGUGAAAGCAGAAAAAUGCAAUGCUCGAUCUAAACUAGCAUUGUUUGAAGCUAUCGAAUUUAAAUUCAUCAAGCGCCUUCUUCUUAGUGAUGAAGUUCCUGCAGGUUGCCCGCCAUUUGUUUAUAAAUCUGUAGCUAUGAGCAUUCUGUCUGCAUUAUGCAAUGUUGAAGAAGUAGCCACCCAUCAAGAAAUAUUACAAAAUGUUAGCGUUUUCUUAGAAAUUGUUCUCAGUGGUAGUGAUGAUGAAGAUGAAGAAGACGAAGACAACCUUAUGUUGAUUAAUGAAGCAUAUAAGUGUUUGAACUUUAUUGCUCAGUAUGAAAAAGGAACAAAAGCAUUAUUAGAUGCUGGUACAGUAGGUAAAAUGUGUGAAGUAUAUUCUGUCAAAAGUUUUCAGACCGAUGAGGCAUUGGCUUUAUUGGUCACAAUUGUUCAAAAACAUGGACCAUCUUCGUGGGAUAGUAAUAUAAAAAAUUUUAACUCAUUAAUUAAUGUUUUAGCUGUUGAUUUUGAAACUGAUCAUAGUGAGCGUAAAUUUAAACUUUGUGUCUUGCUCUCAUCACUUUUGAUUAACUGUCCUUUAGAAAUUGGUCCAAAUUCAUGUGAUAGUGAAAUUUGGCCUUCCAAAAUUUUUGUUGGAUUACGGGAUAUUCUCAUGAGUAAAAUUGUUAAAGCUCAGCGAGAUCCAGCUCUCAAGUUAGCACAACAUAUGCUAACAAUAUUUGGUGUAGAUUGGUCAUUGCAAGAUGAAACAAAGCCUAAAGCUUUCUUUUUAUUGUUGAUUCAUCUUGCUGCAAUUGAGAUACGCAUGCAUUUAGAGGACAAAAAAUUUACUGAUCAGAUUUUAGAAGCAGAAAAUUUACUUACUCCAUGUUUCACAAUAUUGGAAAUAUCACUUGCUUACCUUGCUACUGAUGUAUUAGAUUUAGAAGAAAAAGAAAAGCAACAAACUUAUACUGCACUCAAAGGUGCAUUUUCUGCAGUAUUGAAUGUAUUGAAAGCUCUUUCUGUCUCUAAAAAGCCUUUGGAAACUAAAGUUAAGUGUUUCAUUUGUGUUAUGCUUAUGUCACUGUCAGCUUGGUUAGCACAAGAAACAGCAUCAAUGAGACCAGCUGUGAAUAAUAUUUUGCCAUUUGCUUUGCAAAUAGCAAACGAAUCUUUUUAUGCUUACCGUGCUAGGUACAUAUCAGAAAAUGUAAAGCCGAACCCAACAUUAGUAACUGAUGACCCAUUAAGUUCAGUAGAUGUUUUAAGGGCAUUCUUACCAGCUCUAUGUCACAUAGCAGUAGAUGAUAAAGGUAGAGAAGUGCUUAUAAAAACUAAACAGGAUGAGGUAUUGUAUGAAUGCUUAGCUUUCCAUUGGUCUAUUGCUCACUAUAAAAAACCUGUGAUUCCUAAAUCUGAAAGAUUAAAACCAAGAGGUCCAGAACCUGAAAUCCCUGAAGCUCGUUUAAAAAAAAUGGCUGAUUCUCGUGGUGCUAUUAUUAGUCUAUGUAAUACAUUCAUGAACAUGUGUGUGCUAGAAGGAGACUUUGUAAAAGGAAGUCCUCUGUUUUUAACAUUGAUGAAAUUUAUUUUUGAUAAUCUACCCGAAUUGAAAAAUAAUCAUGAAAAUCUUGUAAUGUAUGGAAAUUUGGCUGUGUUAGGCUUGUUGCUUUUAAAAUUGAAGAGUACUUAUAUAAAAAAAAAUGACUUCUCUAUUUGUCGCUACAUUCAGUCAACUAUUCGAUUUUUGUGGGAUGCUUAUAGUUUGGAUGAAAAUAGUAGCAGUAGUUCACGUUAUACUUCUGGUCAAUUAGUUGUAACAAUGACAUACAAAGAAUCAUGGAUGGAACUACAAGAGUUGUGGUUUUUGGGUAUGCAAAAUCUUAGUGGUAUUUUGACUCUUGUUCCAUGGAUAUCUGAGUUUGCUAUUGAAAGCGGAUGGGCCGAAGGUAUAAUUGAAAUGCUAGUCAAAAUUAAACCAAAUACGUUACCUACCAAUGUAAAGUAUGCUUACGAAGAUUUAUUGUGUCGCCUUAUUGAGGCUAACAGUGAAUUAGUAGCAGUAUUGAAAAAGAAAGAUGCUAUUACAGCAUGUCGAGCGCAUAAAUUUAUGGAGUUAGGAAAAAAACUUUUUGGAGAAUAAAUGUGUGAUCCAAACAAUAACUCAAUGAUUUAUAGCAUUUAUAAUAAAAAAAUAAAAUUUAAAAGUUUCUAUUUUUA